UUGACAUCACCGCACCCCACGUGUGUGGUUACUGGUUUGUUUACAUAGUAAUUUUAUUUUCUUUAAAAAUAUGAGUAGGUAACUGAAAUUAAAACAAUAACUGCUGCAGCAUGGAUUUCAUAGUAGACACGAUUGGAGACGAUGAUCUCCAGGCGAAGACGGAGUUGCUCGAAAAAGAUGAUAAACUGUUUAUAGAUAAAGAAAAGAAAACAGAAUCAAUAUUAGAAUUAUUUGAAAAGAAAAAACAAGAAUUGGAUGCCCAAGAAGCAGCUGAGGAGGAAGUACAGAAUAAACUAAAAGGUUUAAAAAUAGACAACCUCUUUGAUGAAUUCUUUGAUGAAAUGGGUUGGACAGCACCCAUUAUUAAGAGAGAAAAGAAAAGAAGGUUGUUCCAUUUUGAUCAAUUGGAUUUGGAAACUGGCAAGUUAAAGUCUAAUCUUGGUUCAGUUGAUGUGGACAAAGAAAUGCUGAAGUCUGUACUGAAACCUGGCAUUGAACAAGCGCAUAGACUACCUAAGUAUAAUGUUAGCGAGAAGAAGUUAAAAGCUAUGCGUAAGAGAGAAAGAGAGAAAACCAAAGGACCCCAAUGGUUCAACAUGCCAGUGCCUGAAAUGACUGAGGAGCUCAAAAAUGACCUGCAGGUCCUUAAAAUGAGAUCCGCAUUGGAUCCCAAACACUUCUACAAGAAGAAUGAUAUGGAGGUUCUGCCCAAGUACUUCCAGGUGGGCAAAAUAAUGGACUCUCCAUUGGACCAUGUAAAUGAAAGACUAACAAGAAAAGAUAGAAAAAGAACAAUGGUUGAUGAACUGCUAGCUGAUGCAGAGUUCCAGAAGUACAAUAAGAAGAAAUACAAGGAAAUUAUCGACGACAAGAGAAGAACAGAGUACAAGACCUUCAUGAAGGAUAAGAGACAGAAGAAUAAAGCUGCUUUAAAGAGUAAUAAGAUGAAAGCUAAGAAAACAAAAUAAAUGAUUAUU